CCAAAUGCACAAAAAAGCGAGCGUUUGAGUGAAAAAGUUGUUUACCCUAACCCCCAAUUUCCCACUUUCUCUGUUUCCACUGCUUGGUUUUGAGCAGAGAGAUGAACCCUUUAACACUGGUGAAGCGCACUCAGAAUAUCAACGCCAGAGAAGCUGCACUCGGAAUUGGCGAACAAGCUUCGUGGCACGCCAAGUACAAAGAUUCCGCUUACGUAUUCGUCGGUGGCAUCCCCUUCGAUCUCACCGAGGGUGAUCUCCUCGCCGUUUUUGCUCAAUAUGGGGAGGUUGUUGAUGUUAAUCUCGUUAGAGACAAGGGCACCGGAAAAUCAAAGGGUUUUGCGUUUCUUGCCUAUGAGGAUCAAAGGAGCACAAAUCUUGCUGUGGAUAAUUUAAAUGGGGCUCAGAUUAUGGGGAGAAUUAUUAGGGUGGACCAUGUUGACAAGUACAAGAAGAAAGAGGAAGAAGACGAGGAGACAGAGCGGCAGAAGAGGGAGGCACGAGGCGUUUGUCGUGCGUUUCAAAGGGGUGAUUGUACUCGUGGAGCUAGCUGCAAGUUUUCUCAUGAUGAGCAAAGAGCUGCAAAUACAGGUUGGGGUCAGAAGGAAGACAAUCCAAAAUGGGGUCACGACAAAUUUGAGGGUCCCAAAAAAGGGAGAUCUGGCACCAAUCAACCAAAUCAUAAUUCAGAAAAUAGAGACAGAGGUUCACGUUCUAAAGCCCGUGCCAAUGAUGCUGGAUUCGAUAACCAACCUAAGAGAAGUGAUAGAGAAGAGAGGUCAAGGCGGUGGCAUGAUGAUGAUGAUACAUAUAAGGGAAGAGAAAAUAAUAAUAGAGGAGAAGAGAAGGGAUCAAGAAGGUAUGGAGAUGAUGAAUUUGAACGUAAGUCGAGAGAAGUACGAUAUAGGAGAGAAGAAAAGAAAUCAAGAAAGGAUGAUUACGAUGAUAUUCCUGAGCAAAAAGAUCAUCGUAGAAGGGAAGACAAGAGGUCAAUAAAGCCAGAUGAUGGUGAGUAUGAACCCAAGUUGAGAGAUUCGGACAUAAGGGAAGAUAAAGGACCCCGGACGAAGGAUGAGGAUGAUUUUGUAAGCAAGGCAAGAGAACCUCAUAGAAACAGGGAAGACAGAAGAUCUCGAAAACACAGUGAAGAUGAAUCUGCACCAAGGUCAAGAGAAGAUUAUGAUAGGAAGCAAGAUAACAGGUUUUAUAGAAGUGAUAGUGAUAGACCAGAGUCAAAGGUAAGACAUGAUUUUGAGAGGAGGGAAGAGAAAAGGUCAAGAAGGUAAAUGACAGUAUCGAGGUGGAUACGAGCAUAUCAUUCCUUUCUUUGUUGUGGAGAGAACCUAGUUUUAGAGCGGCGGAAAAUCAUUUGAUAACCUGACUUGUAAUUCAAAGCUUCUGGAAUGUCUAAGUUCAUUUUGUUUGUCUGAUGAUUUUCACUGCUGCGAGCAGUGAUAAUCUUACUUUUGGCGUGGCUGGUUUGAUAAAUAUUUUAGUCGGUUCAGCGAUCUCCAACUACCAAUGUUAAUGUACCAUUAAUUCAAAAUACUUGACCUGUCUAUCAGUGAUA